AUUUACACCACUUUUAGAUAUUGUAUACGCUGUAUCUCGACUGAAAAUGGCUGCCGAGGGAUCUACCACCCAGGUUGAGGCCAUCACGACUGACAACAUCCUUAGACUCUUCCCUGACAUCGAUACCUCCAGAGCCGUGUUUGAGGGGCACGAUGAAGAGCAAAUCCGCCUCAUGGACGAGGUCUGCAUCGUCCUUGAUGAGAACGACAAGCCAAUUGGAAACUUUAGCAAGAAAAUCUGUCACUUGAUGACGAACAUCGACAAGGGCCUCCUUCACCGCGCAUUCUCGGUAUUCCUCUUCGACUCCCAGAACAGGUUGCUCCUCCAGCAGCGCGCGACAGAGAAGAUCACAUUCCCAGAUAUGUGGACAAACACGUGCUGCUCUCACCCACUGGGUAUCCCAGGGGAAGGUGGCGCUGAGCUGGCCGAGGCUGUGUCUGGCGUGAAGAAUGCCGCUCGUCGCAAGCUAGACCACGAGUUAGGAAUCAAGCCCGAGCAGGUUCCAUUCGAGGAUUUCCGUUUCCUCACCCGAAUUCACUAUAAGGCGCCUUGUGGUGAUGGAAAGUGGGGCGAGCACGAGAUUGACUACAUCCUCUUCAUCAAGGCGGACGUCGACCUCAACCCAAGCCCCAACGAAGUGCGUGACGUCAAGUAUGUUACUGCCGAUGAGCUCAAGGCUAUGUUCAAAGACUCGAGCUUGGUUUUUACACCAUGGUUCAAGCUUAUCUGCGAGUCGCUGCUAUUCGAUUGGUGGGCGCAUCUCGAUGCAGGGCUUGAGAAGUUUGAGAAUGAGAGCGAGAUCCGAAGAAUGUAGAGGGGCUUUGCAUAUUUUAAUAGAUAACUGAUGGUAAAUCACCGCAGUUUUCGGCUCACGGUAUUUCCGCAGUCGUUUUGACGUUUAACGAAGAAGAAACAUAUAUCCAGCUGAGUACAUUGAGCAAUUGGUUUGUACUUUGCACAUAUCAUGGGGUGGAUCUCUUGUUACUUAUGAGAUGCAGCUAUAGGUUCUUGUGCCUUGUGCUUUGUGAAAUACCGACCAGUUUCAGUGACAAUCAUGCCACGACAAAUUGUCUUGGACCGUUUGCUUGUCAUCGUGACUAUUGGCCAUGGCUAUGACCCUGGUGGAUAACGACGUUACUCAACAGUUUAUCCUGUGAGCGACGCCAAAUACAUCUCGGCUCUCUUAUGUGUCACAGUCACGUCAGUUUGAGUGGUUAGAAUGAACGCAAGUGCUCAAGGUGUGGCUACAACCCGUCCUGUAUCUCACUAGAGUACAACGGCCUAUACUGGAUUCCGGCGUAUUCCGAGUAUUCAGUUUCGCUGUAUUUCUUUCAUUGGGAUGCAUAUGCAAGUAUGUGCUGCGAUACAGCGUAUCAGCCUCUGCUAUAGUCAGUUUUGUAGUACAUGGUGAUAAAUCGCCGCUUGGCCCGGCUCGCAAUUAUCACUGCUUCAAAAGCAAUCAAACCCCACGUCAGCCUCAUCGCUCUCUGUCUCAUGGCCCCUCUUCUUGAGUGACCACCUCAUUUGAUCUCUUUGCCAUGGUUUAGCUGCUUCCUUGUUGAUGCAUACACAUACAGAUAGGAAUACAUAUAAAGCCGACGACCACACUUUUCCAACAUCUAUCACUAUUCACCCGGCAAUCAAUAAAAAAAAAUUGAUCAGAACGUUUAUCAGAGCCAAAUAUUUUGAUAAUAUA